GCAGUGAACAAACGAGUCUCUCCAGUAUCGUUCUACUUUACUACCCGGGUAUUUUCUAUUCUUCGUUAUUAAGAAGAAACAAUUAUUAUGAAUAUUUUUUUCCGCAUAUGACUGUUCACAUUGCUAUGAAUUUAGUUUGAUUAAAAAAAAUUAAAAUUAUAAGGACUUAGUUUAUUAAAUAUUUACAAGUAAAAAUAUAAACAUUAAAAAAGUGAUCGAUACAAAGGAGUGUCAGCAUUUCUUUUUCAAAGAGACACAGCGAAGUAUUUAAAAUGGGCUGUUUCGGAAGUAAAGAUAAGCUUAGUAAAGAAGACAUGGACUUCCUCAAAUCGCAUACGCGUUAUGAUGAAGCUACAAUCAAGGAAUGGUACAAAGGAUUCAAACAAGACUGUCCUAAUGGUAGGUUAACUCCUGCUAAAUUUGUCGAUAUGUACAAAAUGUUUUUUCCUUCUGGUAACGCUGAAGAAUUUUGCGAUCAUGUAUUUCGGACAUUUGACAUGGACAAAAAUGGUUACAUCGAUUUCAAGGAGUUCUUAUUGGCAAUUGAUGUAACAUCCAGCGGCACGCCUGAAGAAAAAUUAAAAUGGGCUUUUCGGAUGUAUGAUGUAGAUGGAAAUGGCGUCAUUGACAUUCAAGAAAUGACUAAAAUUGUUCAGGCAAUUUACGACAUGCUGGGAGCAUGCUCAAGUAACAGACCGGCAGAUAGUGCAGAAGAAAGAGCCAAAAAUAUAUUCGCAAAAAUGGAUGAAAACAACGAUGGUCAAUUGACACAAGAUGAGUUCUUGAAAGGGUGCCUGCAAGACGAAGAGCUGUCGAAGAUGUUGGCUCCAUAAUUUCAACACAUCUUAGACAGCUAAUAUUUGACAUUUUACAUCAGACUUUUAUCAACUAUUCAGUGAUCAUAUUAACUGCUCUAAUGGAUAAAACAUAACUCUCGAUGUUGCAUGCACAUUUCUUAAGCACAUUGUUCUCGUGUAGUGAAGCAAUUCAAAUUGAUCAAUACGAAAAAUUUCACAGACUUGUGUUGACCCAGUUAUUCGUAUUAACGAUAAGCGAUAAUGUAUCAUUUAUACGUGAUAUAUUGGGUUAGAUUUAAUAUGCUCUCAAAAAUUUUAAAUUAUUUAAUUUCUGUCACACGAGAUUCAACUUUACCGAUAUUCAAUUUAAUACAAUUAAACUUUUGAAACGUUUACUGCACUGUCAGUCUUACUAUCGAUUUACUGCGUUUCGUGAUCCUUAUGGAAUAAAUGAUCAUUCAAUUGAUUUAUCAUUAAUAAUACAAUCAUUUAUUGCAUAACUAUUUCUAUAGUGCUGUCGUUAUCAAACCAGGAAUUUGGAUUUAUUAAAAAUAUGUUAGAUGCAAGUUAUGAUAAAUUAUUCAAAGUAUUAUAAUUUAAUCCAUUGUUAAUGGUUUUGUUUUAUUAUGCUGCUGUCAGAUGCAUGCUUACAAAAUUUUAAGUAACGUUGGUUUUUCUGGCUUUUAUGUAUUAUGUGUAGUUUUAUAUUCUGUUAUAAUUAGAUAGAUAAUUGAAAAUAUUUUAUGUAGCAAAAAGCGCUCAUGAACAAUUACAAUUACUUGGAAUGAGCUUUUAUUAAAUUUUUUAUACAAAAUAAAUCAAAGAGAAUUUUGCACUUUUAUCGUACAAAAAUGUCAUAUUAUUACAAAUGAUAAAAUAAAAUUUUAAAUGCAUGUUAAAAAAAAAGAAAAAAAGAAAAUAAUUAAAUGACUACUCUCACGAAAAAUAAUAGUUAAUAAAGUUUUAAACCGGUAACUCUAUUCAGAACAAGCUAAUGUAUUUCAGUAGUACUAUCAACAAAUAAUGCCUUUCAUGCGCUUGGGUUACAGAAUUUCUUCUAAAAUGAUAUUAUAAAAAAUGGUGAAAUCAUUUUUAUCUUUUACUUCUCUUUCUAAUCACAAUGACUUGUAAGCUAAUUUAAAUGUUAUCGAUUCAAGAUCUUCGAUCAAUUUUUACAUAUAGUUAUGGCACGCCGUUUUAAUAUUUAAUAGUAGAAGAAAAUUUAUCAUAAAAUAAAAAAAUCUUAAAAUACACAUUACAUGUCACAGUAUAAUUAAAAUACAAUAGAUACAUUUUAUUUCAAUGAAUACAUUUUAUACAGAAUAAUUAUUAUGGAGUGAUCCUCUUCUAAUAAGUUGAUGGCCGGAUGUCGUAUCGUUUUACGUCACUUCUGUGACUAUUUUAUUCGGUUGUUGAUUAGUCGACUGAGAUAAUGGCAGGAGUUUUGAAAGAAUGAAGGCGAGCGAAGCGAGCGUGUUAUGUCUAGUAUAAUAAAAUAUCGAUGUAUUCCAAUUGUAAGUUGACGUGAAGAUAA